CCCAGGGAAAGACUUCUAAUUCUCAUUCCAAGUAAAGCAUCCAAACCUGAGAUUUCGAUGCCAAGUAGCCCUUCGCACGUCAACACGAAAAAUCUGAAGUCUGAAUGUAAUUACAACCGCAAGCAAAGCAAAGCGAAGCCAUUGGCAUAGCUCACUCCGUCUCUCCCCCUCUCUCCGGCAUUGGACUCCGACAAUCCUAGCAUGGAGGACAGCGGCGGUAGCUUACCCAAGCCAGUGGCAGUGUUGGUCUGUAUCUCCAUGACACUGCUUUAUGUCGCAAUCCUCUAUGUUCCAACUUUAGUUCUCCGCCUCCCACCUCCGUCGUCCUACAAGGUUCUCAUGAUCCGACGGUUUAUCUGCGCCGCCGUAUCCGCCAUCGUGUCUGUCGUCUUCUGUGCUUUUAUCCUUCCGACAAGAAUCAGGAAGGCAUCUUCUUUGCUGGGUGUUUAUGGCAUUCGAAUGGACCACAUUUGGCAAGCAGUUGUUUUUCCUCUUCUUCUCACAUCUCUUAUGUAUACUGGAUCGUUGGUCUUGAAAACUCUUUUAGUGGCCAAAAAAUGGAAAGAGAAUACAAGUCGAGGUCAUGGACCUUUGUUUGAUAGUAUCAAAACCAUCCUGCGAGAGUUCCCAUGCCGGAUGUUGUCAGCUGCUUCAAAUGUUUCGUUUUGGCGUACUUUUGUCGUGGCACCGCUAACAGAGGAGCUGGUGUUUAGGGCAUGUAUGAUACCUUUACUUCUCUGUGGAGGAUUUAAUGUGUAUGCUGCCAUUUUUCUGAGCCCCAUUUUCUUCAGUUUGGCUCAUUUGAACCACACGAUGGAGAUCUGCAGUCACUAUAACUAUAGCUUGCUCAAAGCUUCCAUGAUUAUAGGUCACAAGCUUGGUUACACUCUGGUUUUUGGUUCAUAUGCUUCAUUCCUCUUCAUUCGAACAGGACAUCUUGUUUCUCCUUUAGCCGCUCAUAUAUUUUGCAAUUACAUGGGAUUGCCUGUCAUAUUUGUGCAGAGCAAAGUUGCUCGUCAUAAUUGUUAUCAAAGCCUAAAUACAUUGAAGAUGAAUUAUGUGAUAGGGUAGUCCCAUAGUCACUAGUCAGCAAAAGGGUUUACUUCCAGGAAAGGGGUUUAAACAUUGACUUUGAAUGCAAUGAAGAUUUGUUUUUAAUAGGAUAAAUGGUUGAGAAACAAACUUAGAGAUCUGGAUGUUAAAGGGUAUCAAUUAGCCUAACUGCUAAACUCUUCCAAAAUACAAGCUGCUGGAUUGAGAAGCUAGACUAGCCACUGUUUAUACAGUUAUUGUCAUAUUCUGGUCUUUUUCAUUAGACUUUGUUGACAUAUUUCAAAUCUUUGCCAUCAUAAUAAAAGUUCAGAUUAUCUACAUAACUGGUCCUUUAAUUUUUCAUUUGCAAUCUUCAGGCUUCAAACUAUUGGAUUAAUGACAUAUAUGAUACAAGGUCUUCAGAUUUUCAACAAUAGGCCAUAGCUCUGAGAUGUGCUCUUCAUAUUGUUUGCCUUAUUCAUGAUUCUCAGACAUUUAUUACACGUUUUUUCACCAUCACAUUUAACACAUUCCAUCUUUAGACAAUCAUACAUAUUCACUUGAUUCAUUUAUAUUUUAUUCUCUCUUGGAGAGUUUCCCAUGUUCAAACCUCACCUUUUAUCUUCAUCAUUGUUUUAGGGCUAGUGACUCCGGCCUUUGUAGCUGGAACAGCGGCCUUUGUGCUGCUUCUUUUUCCAAUGACACAACCUGAUUUGUACAAUGACAGAACAGAUAACUGCAGAUGUUGGCAUGGAUAUUGUUCAUGGAGUUAAAAGUUGCGAGGAUGAAUAUCUCUGUUGUUAAAUUAAAUAGAUAGUGUAUCAUUAGCAUAACAAGAAUAAAUCAUGGGUGUCUAUUGUUUCUUUAUGCCUCGUUCUGUCUUUAGACAUUCUUGAUGUUAAGACAUUUCAUUGACAUACCAGUGAUUACUAAGAAUCCAGUUUGUAUUUAAUUCUGAGGAUAUUUCACUUU